CGCUGCGUAUAUUGUCUUUUGUGUGCCUUUUAUUUGUGCUUUUGAUGAAAUACAAAUCAAAGAGCACCGAGAUAAGAACCAGACGUAGUUCAAUAAAAACAACCGUGCGAAAAAUCAUGGAAGCGGAAACAGAAUCGGAAACAAGCAAAUCAACUCAGCAGGCUGAGAAACUGAACGUUUUAUGUGGCAUUUGCAAUGAGUUUUACAAAGCAAAUGAUAUCAUAUAUUCAACAGCUAGUUGCGGCCAUGUUUUUCACAAGGAGUGCCUCACCCGUUGGCUAAGCCGUUCGCUGAGCUGCCCGCAAUGUCGGGCCAUUUGCCAUCGUCACCGUGUGCAUCGCAUUUAUUUGAAUUUCGCCGAAUGCACCGAGAUCGAAGAUCCGGAACGUUCCCAGAUCCAGUGGGUUCCCAUCGAUUUGGAUGAUCCCGUUGCACCCACCACACCCGAGGGUGCCGUUCAAUGUGGCACCGAUCAUGAGGGCUUCGAUACUUAUGUGGCGCGCGUCUAUCUGCACGAGGAUUUGCUGCCGGCCAAUUAUGUGCCGCAAAAGAAAGCCGUAUACGCACCAUGGAAUUGCAGUGCCCAUCGGCUUAACUCAGAGGUGGACCUGUUGGUGCUAACGGAUUGUGAACUCAAAUGGGUGGCGGCAACGAAUGGGGAUGUGCCGCCCGGUGCCCUCAAGUCGGGUUACUCGGAGAUCGGCGAGGCGCUCUACACCGGCCGUUCAGUGCACGCGGGCCUGACGCUGCUGGGCAAAGUGCAUCCAUCGCAUCGCGUCAUAUAUAUGCCAUAUCAACGCGAGGAAGUCAGCAACCGGAUCUAUGAGGUCCUGGUUGUGACGCCCAAAGAGCAGGCCGAGCGCUGAACCACCUGUCAAAUCUCUUAUAGUUUAUGCUCUGUGUUAGUUCCGCCCGGGUGCGGUGCAUGUCUUAAUAUACCAAUCUAUAUUGUAUUCAAACAGUUGUCAACAUACAUAUUUCAAAUCUCAAAAUCAAAAUUCUGGAAAUAUAUUUAUUAAAAUUGUUAUUGUUAGACUAUGUAUUUGUAUAUGUGUGUAUAUGUGUAUAACUAUGAUUUAAACGCUUGUUAUGCUUAAAAUACGUAUAUGUAUCCGACUAAAACUAUAUAUUUAUAUAUAUUAUAUUCAAUGUAGUUUUAAAUUUCUCAUUAUGGCUCGUUUGUUGUUUCAACAAACUCGCCUUUUCAAAAUUAUUUAUAAUAACUUUCUUUAAGGUCUGCAUGUAUACGUCUGUGUAAUUUAUAAUAUGCUUUUAAUAAAUCUUCUGCAUUUUAAAUCGUAA